GAAUACUAAAAUUGCAUUGCAUUCCCCCUGUUCUGAAAUGCGAAGAAAAUGUCAUUCUUCACUCUCAACCACCUUCCAACCCCUUCUUUGUCUACGCGCUUCACCACCCCGUGCUUCAACAACUACAAACGAACCAUUUCAUGUUCCUCCUUCAAGUGUAAGAGAGAGUACACGAGUGUGAUGAUAGUUCCCACUGGUAUUGGAGCCGCAAUUGGUGGAUUCGCUGGUGACGCCUUACCCGUCGCUCGCGCUCUCUCUUCCCUUGUUGAUUGCCUUAUCACUCACCCUAAUGUGCUAAACGCAGCAAUGUUAUACUGGCCAAUGCCUAAUGCAUUGUAUGUUGAAGGCUAUGCGCUUGACAGAUUUGCAGAAGGGUCAUGGGCCUUACAGCCUGUUCACCAAAAUAGGGUGGGAAUAGUUCUUGAUGCUGGUAUAGAGGAAGAGCUUCGAAUUCGCCAGUUGCAAGUAGCCGAUGCUGCAAGGGCUUCCCUUGGAUUGCCUGUUGUAGAAUAUAUUGUCACAGACACUCCACUGGAGGUGGAAAAGUGGAUUGAUCCCAAAACUGGCAAAUCAACAGGGAGGAUUAAGCACCCUGAUUCAUUACUUAGAGCGGUGCAAACCUUAGUGAAUAGGUCAAAAGUGAAUGCCAUUGCUGUCGUUGGACGUUUCCCUGAUGAUGAAAGUGAUGAUGUUGAUGAAUAUCGGCAGGGAUUGGGAGUAGACCUACUGGCUGGAGUUGAGGCAGUCAUAAGUCAUUUAGUGGUCAAGGAGUUCCAAAUUCCUUGUGCACAUGCUCCUGCAAUGGCUCCACUUCCCCUGAGCCUUUCUCUAAGUCCCAAAUCAGCAGCUGAGGAGAUUGGGUACACUUUCCUACCAUGCGUGCUAGCUGGCCUCAGUAAAGCUCCACAAUACUUGGUCAAUAACUCCGAAUCAACGGAAAAGGGUUGCAUAUUCGCAAGUGAUGUGGAUUCUGUAAUCCUUCCCAAAGAUGCUUGUGGAGGGGACGGAACUCUUGCUUUUGCAAGAAAUGGAAAACAUAAGCCACUUAUCAUUACUGUGGAAGAAAAUGAAACUGUUCUGGAUGAUACUGCAUAUAAACUUGGUUUUGAAGCGCUGCAUGUGUCAAAUUAUUGGGAGGCUAUUGGAGUUAUUGCAGCUCACAAAGCAGGGAUAGAUCCAUUUUCACUUAGAAGAAAUAAAAUUCUUAGCAUUGGGUGCAGUACUUCUAUGCCUGUCAAUGGUCACACCAUUUCAAGAGAAAAAGUUAUCUACUGAUUAAAUUUUUGAGAGAUCAAUGAUAGUGUAUAAUUUUUUUUGGUUAUAUUAAUCAUUGGAGGAAAUAGUAUUAUAUUGUGUAUUUCUCAGAAGAUAGUAAGUGUUCUACUUCUAAGUUGUAACUAUAUCUAUCUUGUAACACAUUGUAGGAUCAAGUUUGCAGUAUAUAGUGAAUUGGUUUAUAUAUAA